AAUUUUAGCUUCAAAUCUUUAAGGGCUGUGGCCAAAGCCGAGUCGAAAGAUAACUUUAUUGUGCGCCGGUUGUUUCUGUCAGAAUCGUCACGCCUCUGUCGUCACUUAGUUACGCCGCCUUCUGACUCUACACUUCAUGGUGAUUGGUCCGGCCAGUUUUAGGAGAAUCCAGCCUCGAGCCUUAUGGAGGGUAACUAGACCCACCCUGGCAGAGAAUUAAAUUCGUUGCCGUGGGUUGUCUAGCGCGGCUAGGCUAUGAGCGUCCAGGAGUGGACUGGAAACUUUGUUCUUCUUCAGCGCUUUGAAUAAAGUGUGAAGGUAGAAAGUGUGUGUGAGCUGCUGUGAGUUGAGCAUCAUGGAUGAGUGUGAGGACAGAGAGGAGGGAGUCCCUCCCUCUAAAAGCUCUCUGUGUGGGGAACAGGAGAACCAGAGCAAAGCUCAGAGGAAUCGACCUGGACCUGGACCUGGACCUGGACCUGCAUCCAGCUGUGUGUCCUUCAGGAGUGACUGGUCUAAGGAUAAUCCUCCUUAUUUUAAAGGAGAACCAGGUCCUGCUGCAGAGGGAGUGGAGCAGCAGAACUCAGAGGUUCCCAGAGCUCAGUCUGUCCAGCAGCAUCACCUGGACUCCAUAUUCAUGCUGCUGGAGGACAACAUGGUGACUUUUGUGAAGAAGGAGCUGAAGAAGAUGCAGAAGGUUGUGAGUCCAGAUUACCCAGAAUGCUCAGAGAGUCAGAGGGAGGAUGAGGAGGAGUUGGAGGGUGAUGAUGAAGAUGAGAGGAGCAGCAGAGAGAUGUUUGAGCAGAUCACAGUGUUGUUCCUGAGGAGGAUGAAGCAGGAGAAGCUGGCUGACUGUCUGCAGAGCAAACUUGUUGCUCCAGUUUGUGGACGUAAACUUAAAUGUUCUCUGAAGAAGAAGUUCCAGAGAGUGUUUGAGGGCAUCGCUAAAGCAGGACAGCCGACCCUCCUGAAUGAGAUCUACACAGAGCUGUACAUCACAGAGGGAGGGACUGCAGAGGUCAAUGAUGAACAUGAGGUCAGACAGAUUGAAGCAGCAUCCAGGAAAGCAGACAGAGCAGAAAGAAACAUCAGAGCAGAAGACAUCUUUAGAGGCUCACCUGGAAGAGAUGGACCAAUCAGAACAGUGAUGACACAGGGAGUGGCUGGCAUCGGGAAAACAGUGUUAACACAGAAGUUGACUCUGGACUGGGCUGAAGACAAAAGCAACCAGGACAUCCACUUCAUGUUUCCAUUGACUUUCAGAGAGCUGAAUGUGCUGAAAGAGAGAAAGUUCAGUUUGGUGGAACUUGUUCAUCACUUCUUCAGUGAAACCAAAGCAGCAGGAAUGUGCAGCUUUGAAGACUUCCAGGUUGUGUUGAUCUUUGAUGGUCUGGAUGAGUGUCGCCUUCCUCUGGACUUCCACAACAAUGAGGUCCUGACUGAUGUUAGAGAGUCCACCUCAGUGGAUGUGCUGCUGACAAACCUGAUCAGGGGGAAUCUGCUUCCCUCUGCUCGCCUCUGGAUAACCACACGACCUGCAGCAGCCAAUCAGAUCCCUCCUGACUGUGUGGACAUGGUGACGGAGGUCAGAGGGUUCACCAACCCACAGAAGGAGGAGUACUUCAGGAAGAGAUCCAGAGAUGAGGAGCAGGCCAGCAGCAUCAUCUCCCACAUGAAGAAGUCACGAAGCCUCCACAUCAUGUGCCACAUCCCAGUGUUCUGCUGGAUCACUGCUACAGUUCUGGAGGAGCUGCUGAGAAGCAGAGAGGGAGGAGAUCUGCCCAGAACCCUGACUGAGAUGUUCAUCCACCACCUGGUGGUUCAGACCAAAGUCAAGAAGGUCAAGUAUGAUGGAGGAGCUGAGACAGAUCCACACUGGAGUCCAGACAGCAGGAGGAUGAUUGAGUCUCUGGGAAAACUGGCUUUUGAGCAGCUGCAGAAAGGAAACCUGAUCUUCUAUGAGUCCGACCUGACAGAGUGUGGCAUCGAUAUGAGAGCAGCCUCAAAGUACUCAGGAGUGUUCACACAGAUCUUUAAAGAGGAGAGAGGACUGAACCAGGACAAGGUGUUCUGCUAUGUCCAUCUGAGUGUUCAGGAGUUUCUGGCUGCUCUUCAUGUCCAUCAGACCUUCAUCAACUCUGGAGUCAACCUGCUGGAAGAACAACAACAAACAACAUCCUGGUGGUCUGAACUGUUCAGACAGAAGAUAGAUCCAACACGUUUCUACCAGAGAGCUGUGGACGAGGCCUUGCAGAGUCCAAACGGACACCUGGACUUGUUCCUGCGCUUCCUCCUGGGUCUGUCACUGCCGACCAAUCAGAAUCUCCUACGAGGCCUGCUGACACAGACAGGAAGUCUCUCACAGACCAAUCAGGAAACAGCAAAGUACAUCAAGAAGAAGAUCAGUGAGAACGUGUCUGCAGAGAGAAGCAUCAAUCUGUUCCACUGUCUGAAUGAACUGAAGGAUGUUUCUCUAGUGGAGGAGGUCCAACAGUCCCUGAGAUCAGGACAUCUGUCCACAGAUAAACUGUCUCCUGCUCAGUGGUCAGCUCUGGUCUUCAUCUUACUGUCAUCAGGAGAACAUCUGGACGUGUUUGACCUGAAGAAAUACUCUGCUUCAGAGGAGGCUCUUCUGAGGCUGCUGCCAGUGGUCAAAGCCUCCAAGAAAGUUCUACUGAGUGGCUGUAAUCUGUCAGAGAGAAGCUGUGGAGCUCUGUCCUCAGUCCUCAGCUCCCAGUCCUCCAGUGUGACAGAGCUGGACCUGACUAACAACAACCUGCAGGAUUCAGGAGUGGAGAGUCUUUCUGCUGGACUGGAGAGUCCACACUGUAAACUGGAAGCUCUCAGACUGAGUGGCUGUAAUCUGUCAGAGAGAAGCUGUGGAGCUCUGUCCUCAGUCCUCAGCUCCCAGUCCUCCAGUGUGACAGAGCUGGACCUGACUAACAACAACCUGCAGGAUUCAGGAGUGGAGAGUCUUUCUGCUGGACUGGAGAGUCCACACUGUAAACUGGAAGCUCUCAGGCUGUCAGGCUGUCUGCUCACAGAGGAAGGCUGUGCUUCUCUGGCCUCAGCUCUGAGCUUCAAGACCUCAAAUCUGAGAGAGCUGGACCUGAGCUACAACCAUCCAGGAGAGUCAGGAGAGAAGAUGCUGAGAGCUAAAGUGGAGGAUCCACACUGUAGACUGGAAACUCUCAGGGUGACGCCUGCUGGAGUCCGAUGGUUGACACCAGGUCCAUGGAGGUAUUCCUGUCGACUCACAGUCGACACAAACACAGUAAACAGAAAACUCAAACUGUCUGACAACAACAGGAAGGUGACAUUAGUGGAGGAGGAUCAGUGGUAUCCUGAUCAUCCAGACAGGUUUGAAUACUGGGAACAGCUGCUGUGUGGAACUGGUCUGACUGGUCGCUGUUACUGGGAGGUGGAGUGGAGAGGAGGGGUUGAAAUAUCAGUGAGUUACAGAGGAAUCAGAAGGAAAGGAGUCAGUGAUGACUGUUGGUUUGGACAUAAUGAUCAGUCCUGGAGUCUGAUCUGCUCUGAUCGUCAUGGUUACUCUGUCAGACACAAUAACAUUCUAACACCCAUCAGGUCCUCCUCAGUCUCUCACAGAGUUUCAGUUUAUGUGGACGUUCCUGCUGGAACUCUGUCCUUCUACAGAGUCUCCUCUGACUCUCUGAUCCUCCUCCACACCUUCAACACCACAUUCACUGAAACUCUCUGUCCUGGAUUUAGGUUCUGGUUCUCUGGUUCCUCAGUGUUUCUGUGCUGAGUUCAGUCUCCAGAGUCUCCUCCUGUCAGAGAAACAGUGUUGAACAGAUAGUUGAGUCUCUCCAUGACUCUGUCCCUCACAAACAUGUUUUCACAUUAAUGGAUUAAAUCUAAUCUUCUUCCUCUUCAAAGAUGAAGUUGUGAUUCUUCCAGGAGCCAAAUGUGGUGUUUGCGUCUUUUUCCAGUCAAAUGUUGAGAGUGAAAAUCAGGAUGUGGUGUUCCUCUGACGCUCACUUGAACUAAAAGCAUUUGAGCUGCACAAAGUGUGAAAUGAGAGAGGAAGCAGUGAAUCUACAAACUGCUGACAGACUUUCACACAUUAUUGUCCAGAGAAAAUCAGGUUUUUGUGUGCAAACAACUGUGCAAACUCUGUUUUAUAAUCUAAUAUUGUUAUUGUAUUCAUUUGUUCCUUUUUUCUUUUUAGAACAAACAGACAUUUAAAAUCUUUUCCUGUAAAAACAUCUGAUGAUUAUUUAGCUCACAGAGUUUUAAAACCUUCACAAAGCAAACAGAAAUCACACAAACAUCCAGUUAACACGACGUGUUUUAAUCUGAAUAUUCUUUCUAUUCAGACAUUCUAGUUUCUUUUCUGCACUUUAGUCUUGAAGCAAUGAGGACAAACCUACAUUAUUAUUAAAUCUCUCUUUUUAUCCAACAGGAAAUCUAAAUUCUUCCACAUAUUUUAGACUUUCUCUCUAAAAACAGGACAAAAGAAGCUGCAGAACUACAGAAAUAUGAAUGUAAAAGCUGAAUCAGUCUGAAAACUAAACACAAAACUAAUCUGCAGCGUUUAGUUCUGAUAAAUAAUCAGUUUUUUACAGAUUUCUGGUGCUUGGUGGACUGAAGGAACGGCGCCUCCUGCUGGAGUCUCAGCAACAAGAAUUAAAUCACAUGUUCUGAAAAUGAGUGAAAUGAUUCUUAGUUUGAACAGGAAUAGAAUAAAAGAGCAGGAUUUCAUGUUUUUUCUCAGUGUGUCGACCUCUUCUACCAACAAAAAUCACAUUAAAACAUGAGAGAAGCAGUUUUUGUGUUUUAAAUUCAUAAAUAUUUUGAAGAGAAGGUUCUGAAUAAACUGUGGUUAGAAGAAACAUUUUAGCCGCUAACGUCCACGAUAUUAAAGAUUACAAACAUCUGCAUCACCUGUAAUGUUAACAAACACACAGAUCAAUAUUUACAUAUAUAUCAGAGAUGUUAAAUAUUUAUCUCUAUAUACCGACCAGCCCCCCCCCUGCCUACCAUCCUGCCCUUGGAAUGAAUAGUUUUGUUGAGCAGCCUUUGAACUGAUCUCUGGUCUGUUCUGAUGUUGGACUUGUUUGUUCCUCAGAGCUGCAUCAGACUGUUCUGGACACUUUGUCUUGUCCUGUUAGUUCACUUCCUCCUGUUUCAUCAGUUUCUUUGUUCAGUUUAUCCAGUUUCAGGUUGUUUUUUUGUAUGUUUCCUCUUUUGAACUUCGUUGUUUGUUUUUGCAGUCGCAGCAGUUUUGUUUGUUUCUGGAAUGAGUUUGGUUUAUUUUCUCCUCAGUCCAGUUUGAACAUUUCUGUAUUGAUUUAGUUCCUGCUUUGUUUAAUAAAGUCCUUUUGAAUCCUC